AUGAAGUUAAUUUUUUGGACUCUGCUGAUUAUUAGUGGAAUUGCAGAUUCGAUAUCAGAGCAGUAUGAAGUAGUGGGACCUGCAGAGCCUGUAUUUGCUGUCGCUGGUGAAGAUGCGAUUCUGCCCUGUUCAGUCAAACCCAGCAUCAGUGUUGUGGACAUGAGAGUGGAGUGGUUUAGACUCGACCUGAAAGACUCACAACCAGUGCAUCUCUACGAGGAUCACGAAGACAGAAACACAGAUCAGAUUCAGUCCUACAGAGGAAGAACAAAACUGAUUCAUCAAGAACUGCAGAGAGGAGACGCAUCGCUCAAACUCUCAUCAGUCCGAGUCUCUGAUGAAGGACUUUAUAAGUGCUUUAUUCAGUCCAGAUCCUGGUAUGAUGACGCCACUGUUAAUGUCAGAGUUGAAGCUGUAGGGCGUCCUCCAGUGAUCACUGUAGAUGGGUUUGAUCAUUCAGGAGGGCUUCAUCUACAGUGUGAAUCGAAGGGUUGGUAUCCUGAACCUGAUCUUGAGUGGCUGGACGGUGAUGGAGUCAGCUUGAUUCCAGAAACUACAGAGAAACACAGAAACACGGACAGAUUCAGUGUGAAACACAGCAUCACUGUACAUCGCAGAGACAGCCAGAUUCACUGCAGAGUCAAAGUGAGACAUCACAUGCUGGAGGCACUGAUUAUCAGCUCAAGUAAUAUGUUUAAUUCUUGGAGGACAUCAGUCAUCCUGAUUGUACUUGUAGUUGUGCUCAGUGUGACUGCUGGAAUACUGAUAGCUGUGUUUGUCCAUAAAAACAGAGCACACGAUCGACUAGAGGAUGAACACAAUCAUCUACAGGAUGAGAAGAGGAGAAUACAACAUGAACGCUAUCAACUUUUACGAGGUCUGGAGACUAUUAUACCAAAAGCUCUCACACAUUUAAGAACACACUCGGUGAAUGUGAUUCUGGAUGGCGAUACGGCUCAUCCACGUCUCAUCGUGUCUGAUGAUGGGAAACAAGUGAGGGAAGGAAGGACACGACGGGAAGCAGUGGAUGGGAAAACAGACCGAUUUAAUGAAUAUCGUGGUGUUCUGGGAAAGGAUGGAUUCGGCUCAGGGUGUUUUUACUUUGAGGUGCAGGUGAAGGAUCAGACGAAGUGGUAUUUAGGAGUGGCCAGAGAAUCUGUGAUCAGGAAGGGCUUGAUCCGUCUGAGCUCUGUGAAUGGAUGCUGGACUGUGAGUCUGUAUAAUGGGAAGUAUCGGGCUCGUGAGUCGUCAUAUGUGCUUCUUUCUCUGAGUGUGGAUCCUCAGAGGGUCGGUGUGUUUGUGGAUUAUAACGAGGGUCUCGUCUCUUUCUAUGACGUGGAGUCCAUGUCUCAUAUCUACUCUUUCACUAAUCAGUCUUUUAAUGAGAAACUCUAUCCAUUUGUUUGUUUGGGGUAUUAUUGGAAUGAAAACUCUACACCAUUGAUCAUCUGUGAUGAUUACUAA